GAAGAGGAAGAGGGAGCAGGCGCAGAGGCGUCAGCUUCCGAAUCUGCCUGUUGAGGUUCAGAAGACAUUGCGACAACAUUCGCGACAGUGUUGCGAUCGUCGUGGAAGGCUGUGAGGUGGCUCUGGACAAUAGGAGAUGUUGAUACUGAGAAAAGUGAGCUGUGAUUUGAAGUCGCGAACGAAACGCGAUGGCUGGAUUGGAGUGAAAGAAGACUACGGUUGCCCAGAUAGCAGUGAACGUCGGCAGGAGCAGAGCAGGGAUUCAAAACGCUUAGCGUGCCGCACACAUCAACAAUACGACUCGAGGUGAGAGCAUCCUCCUCUUCUGCCGUCUACACAACCUACUUUCGUGCUUUUUUGAUCACGAGUAAUUCUGAACAAAAGGCCCAUAUCUCGAAAUUAUCGACGCCAUGGCCGACAAGAAGGAAACCGAGGAGAUUGACUACACCUUGAACAACCCCGAUACCCUGACCAAGUACAAGUCCGCUGCUCAAAUUUCUCACAAGGUGUUGGAAGCUGUAACGGCUCUUUGCGUUGCUGGCGAGAAGAUCGUGACCAUCUGCGAGAAGGGCGACAAGCUCUUGGAGGAGGAGAUCGGCAAAGUCUACCGCGGCAAGAAGAUCUCGAAGGGAAUUUCCCACCCCACCACCGUCUCCCCAUCCUCGUUCGUCACGCCAUAUACCCCUCUCACUUCCGACGAGGCCGAAGCCGCAGUUACGCUGAAGGAAGGAGAAGCGAUCAAGAUCCAGUUGGGCGCCCAGAUUGACGGUUUCGGUACGAUUGUCUGCGAUACAAUCAUCAUUCCUUCUGCAGAAAACGCAAAUGAUGAAAUCUCUGGUCGAUCCGCUGAUCUCUUACUGGCAACAUACUGGGCAAAUGAGUUGCUCCUACGGUUGAUGGUACCCCCGGGACUGCUAGCUACUGGUACGGACGAGGAGAAGGCCAAAGCUGCAAAGAUUAAGGCACCUACGCAAAGCAAGAUUACAACACUUCUCGAGAAAGUCGUCAAGGCUUACGAUUGCAAUCUUGUCGAGCACACCACCAGCUGGGAGUUCGAGCGGAAUGAGAUCGAGGGAAAAAAGAAGAUCAUUCUUGCUCCUGGUGAUGGUACUAAGGGUGAAGGUAUUCCUGAAGUUGGAGAUGUAUGGGGUGUUGAGAUGGGUGUUAGUCUGGGCUCUGGAAAGAUUAAGACUUUGGAGAACAGACCAACACUGCACCGACGUACAACUCUCACCUAUGCUCUGAAGCGACCAAGUUCCAAGAAGAUCUUGAAUGAGGUUGUCAAGAAAUUUGGUGUCUUCCCAUUCAGCUUGCGACAACUGGAAGACGAGCGCGAUGCUAAGGUUGGUGUCGUUGAAUGUGUUCGGGGCAACGUUUUCCGUCAAUACGAAGUUGUUGGAGACAAAGACAGCGAGCCAGUUGGACGUCUGUUGACCACUAUUGCUAUUACCAAGAAUGGUUUGCAACGGCUGGCUGCACCGCCAUCUCCUGAUUUGUCUAAGAUCAAGUCUGACAAGAAGAUCACGGACGAGGAAGUCCUCAAGAUCUUGGAGCAGCCACUUGCAAAGGAGACCAAGGCGAAAAACAAGAAGAAGAAGAGCAAGUUAGCCAAGAAGGCUGCUGCUGCGGAUGACGAUGAUGAUGAAAGUGGUGACGAGUAAAUGGUAUUUAUAACUGGGACGAUAUUGGGACAAAAUGGCAUUGCGAGACUUUCAGAUCUUCUCAGGUAGGGAGAUCCCACGGUGUAUAUCACACAUGGCAUCUUGCAUCUCGCAUCUCCAUCCAUUUUCCGCUGCGAACACUGCUAUGGGGCUUGUCAAGCACUUCUUGCUCUAACCGUGUUUAGCCUCGUUAGACGAGCGCCUACAAGGCAAAUGCGUCAUCUGGUCUUGAGUUUCUCACGGCUCGAUGGCCUCACAAAUGCAGAGUAUUAGAGCUUCUCGAAGAAUAGAGAUAUGCAGCCAAUUUCCCAAAUUUUGUUGUUGGAUGUUCGUGCAUGCACAGGACAUCGGUUACUGCGUGGCGAAGGAAUAGGGGUUCCUGUAGCGUGAAAUGCUGUGAGACGCAACGAUGCCUACCUAAAAUGACUCAACGAUGUGGCCACCUGUAC